GCACCGCUUUCUGGUUUUCCGAGGUUCCCCUCCCUCUGCCCGCCCGCCCGCCCUCAGGAGGAGGAGGAGGAGGAGGAGGUUACUUGUAUAAUAAACAUGGGCUGAAAAUGAAGCAGCUUUCUCUCUUCUUUAUUAUUUUUGUUUGUGCAUCUCUUGUUCUUUGGAAUUGGGACAAAACCCCUCAUCUUACAGCCUUACUUCCCCCCGAUGAUCAGCCACUUCAUCUCUUUCCAGUUGAAGUUGAAAGGAAACAAGACACUCGAGUAAAACCAGAAGCCGAACAAGCCCCUCCAUCACUCUCAACAGACUUCAACACUCCACAAACUUCUCACCUUGAAAACACAAAGCUUCUCGUUGACAACUCUAUUUCUGAACCAAAAGACUUGUCGGAAACGGCUAAACAGCAGUCAGUAACUUCUCAAAGAACGGAAUCAACUGUCAUCGACACUCCAAUGGCUAAAGCAGAAACAAAAGCAUGCAACUUUGGUAAAGGGAAGUGGGUCCCUGCUGAUAAUCGACCUCUCUAUUCCGGGUUUGGUUGUAAACAAUGGUUGUCUGGGAUGUGGGCUUGUCGUUUGACACAACGCACAGAUUUUGGGUAUGAGAAGUUAAAAUGGCAACCAAAAGAUUGCAAAAUGGAUGAUUUUACAGGAGCUGAGUUCCUUAAAAGAAUGCAGGACAAAACAUUAGCUUUUGUUGGGGAUUCUUUGGGCCGCCAGCAGUUCCAGUCUCUAAUGUGCAUGGUGACAGGUGGCGAAGAGAUGCCAGAUGUUGAAGACGUUGGAAAGGAUUUCGGGCUGGCGAAAGCCCAAGGAUCUGCCCGGCCCGAUGGGUGGGCUUACCGAUUUCCUACGACUAACACCACCAUCUUGUACUACUGGUCCGCGAGUCUCUGUGACAUAGAGCCCAUUGACCCCACAAGUGAAACCACAGAUUAUGCAAUGCACCUUGAUCGGCCACCAGCUUUUUUGAAACAUUUUCUUGACCGAAUUCAUGUUCUUGUCCUCAACACGGGGCAUCACUGGAACAGAGGGAAGCUUAACGCAAACCGAUGGGUUAUGUAUGUUGGAGGGAAACCGAACACCAAUAGGAGAAUUGCGGAUAUCGGCGGGGCUAAAAACUUUACGAUUCACAGUGUUGUCAGGUGGGUGAACGCAGAGCUACCAAAGCACCCAGGAUUAAAGGCUUUCUUGCGGUCAAUUUCACCGAGACAUUUCUUUAACGGAGAAUGGAACACCGGAGGUACAUGUGACAGCACAUCACCCGGGUCAUUGGAAGUGUUGCAGGACGAGUCUAGUGAUCCGGUUGCUGCAAGUGCGGUUAAGGGAACAGAUGUUAAGCUGUUGGAUAUAACGGGGCUGUCUCUGGUGAGAGAGGAAGGUCAUAUAUCAAGAUAUUCGAUUCGCGCAGCUCCAGGGAUGCAAGAUUGUUUGCAUUGGUGUUUGCCGGGUGUUCCUGACACGUGGAACGAGGUGCUUUUUGCACAAAUUUGAAAUCGUUGUAAACCUUGAAUGUUAAUUUAGGUUCCUGGAGUUGUAACUAGGAUGUCACGUAAGAAAAGAGUGUUGUUUUGUUUUUUUUAUAUACGAAAUAGAAUAUUUAUACAUCAUCACUUGUUGUUCAUUAUACCAAUAAAUGUGAUUGGAGAGCAACAGGAAGUUAGCUGGUUUCAUGUGAAAAUACUUAAUAUAUUUGGUUAAGACCUAUUUAA